GAGUUAUUGCCCUUUAUAGUCAAUUUUUUUCGUAAAUUUUUGCAAUCUUUUACACAAAUCUUCUCCACUUAAUCUACUGGGACAAAAUGAAUUAAACUUAGCCACAAUUUUCAAUAGGGUAUCUUGAUUCAAAAAUAUAUCCGAUGACCCUGCCAACCAACCAACAUGGCCGCCAUGGCUAAAAAUAGAACAUAGGGAUUUACUAUAGAAGUCUAAGGGAAAAUUGUAAAAAAACAAAUUCAAAUGGUCACAACUUGAAAACUAAUUUAAAUUAUGAUAAGGGGUCUUCAGUAACUAUUGUAAGUCUAGUAACUAAUGGGAUGACCUGCUUUAAUUUAACUACUGGGCCAAAUUAAACCAAACAUGGCCUCAGUCAUUAUGAGGGUAUCUAAUUCUAUUUAUUAUGAUUUAAACCUUAUUUUACAUGAUUUCAGAAACCACAGUAGAUAAAGGUGAGCGACACAGGCUCUUGAGAGCCUCUAGUUUCGUGACGUCACAAUGGGAAUUUCAGAGGAAAGCAAGAAAAUUUGAUGUCAUAAUCGAAUUUUGACCAAUGAAGAACUGAGAUCAAACGAACCACACGUUGAUUGAACAAAAAUAAUCAACAGGUCGGGAAAAGGAUAAAUCGGGGCUCAUUUUAUAACUACUGAGAAGACGUGUUGUAGUUAAAAAGAUGUGAUAAAUGAUAAAUAUAUAUAUACUAGUAUAUAUAACAUGGAGAAAGAUAUUGAUACCAACAUAUCAAUCUGCUUUGGUCCAAAAAAAAAACCCAUGUGAAACAGCGCAGUAUCUGAUAGAUCCGAAUCUAACUGAAGUUCGGGUAGUUUUAAACGCAGUAAAAUAAAUGACCAACACACAAUUGCCAAAAAGCCUCUAAAGACCAAUGAUUACAGUACAUAAUAUGAUCCAAGAAUUUAAGUAACUAUAAUCCUGACAUAUUCAAAAGCAACCAUGAUGGCAUCUAAUGCUCUUGCACAAGAAGAGGAAAACUAUGUACGAAUAGCAUUGUUACUGACUGGAAUUUCACCACGUGCAGUUCGUGUCCUGUUUGAUAAAGAAUUUCCUCCAGCAUCUUUAAUUAUUACUGUAAAUGAUAAGAAUAAGAAGAAAAAGCUGAAUGACUUGAGAGGAAAACGAGUUAUAAACCAGGCACAGUGGGAUCUCCUGUUUCCCAGCAGUGGUGUCACUGAUUCUAAGACUUUUGAUGUGACGCUGAUGAUAGCAUUGCUAAGGAAUCUGACAACCUUGCCCUUGGUGCCUCCUAUAAAUGGAUAUGACGAACUACCCGUUACUAUAGAAACAACCCCUGCCUCAGAUUUAGCGAGAAUUAAACAUUAUAGAAACUUUUUGGCACAUCUUCAUGAUGGAAAUGUAGAUGGCACAUUAUUUACUACAGCUUGGAAGGAUAUAAGUAAUGCUGUUCUUCGACUAGGAGGGAUUACAAUGAAGCAGGAAUGUGAUCAGCUAAUGACUAAACCACUGGACAUGUCAAGCCAGGAAAUCGUACGAGACUUACACCAAGCCAACAAAGACAUUCAAACAAUUAUACAAUCAAUUGAUUUGAUUCAAACUGAUCAUACAGAGGUAAAAAAUGAUAUGAAAACAUUAAAAUCACAUCAUGAAAGUUUGAAAAAGUCUCAUGAUUUGCUUCAACAUGAACAUGCUGGAUCAAAAAAUUAUAUUGAAAUGGUUAAAGAAGACGUGAAAACAAUAGAGAUAGAGCAGAAGAGUAUGGGAAAAUCACAUGAAUUGCUUCAAUUUGAUCACUUGGACACGAAGAUGAAUGUCCUGUCUUUAAAAUCAGAUUGUGAGAUGUUGAAAAAAUCACAUGAUUUACUUCAAGGCGAUUCAGUAAAAACAAGAACUGAUUUGAAAGAGCUGUCAUCUCUUCACGAGGAAUAUGUGCCUAAAAACAGAAGAGAGCUGAUCGAUAAGUUGUUGGAUGAAUGGCAGAAGAACCCGGAUACUGUAGCUGAAACCAGAGCUAUGAAAGCUGUAUUUAAAUGUGUUCUGGAAAGAAACUGUGUCACAAUUACGGCUAGUUCUGGUGCUGGGAAGACAUGUACUCUACGACAUGUGGCAUUAAAAAUGAAAGAAGAAGGGUACAAUAUACUGCCAGUAACUAAUCCAAAUGACAUUGUUCAGUUUUGUAAUCCAAAUCAGAAAACACUGUUUGUUAUUGAUGACUUCUGUGGAACUUAUUCCAUAAACAAGUCAGACCUUGAAAGUUGGGAACCAGUUAUGGAACAUGUAAAAGUAAUGAUGCAAAAUAAACAAACAAAAGUUAUUGUUGCAUGUCGUUUACAAAUUUACCAAGAUAAAAAGUUUGAAUCUUUACCCAUUUUUAGAACAUGUGUAUGUAACCUGUUAAGUGAAGAUUUGUGUUUAUUAAAAACAGAGAAACAGUCAAUAGCAAAAUUAUAUCUUGAAACAAAAGCUUCUGAAAUAAUUCAGUACUGUGAUUUAUAUGAUUGUUUUCCACUUCUCUGUAAACUGUAUAAAGAUAAUCCUGAACUCAAUAUUACAGACUUCUUCAAAAAUCCAUUUUCAGUGUACACAGCUGAAAUUGACAAGCUUGAUAAAAACGGGCAUAAUGGAAAAUACUGUGGUUUGGCUUUGUGUGUUAUGUUCAACAACAACUUGAAGGAGGAGUGGUUGACAGAGGAGAUAGAUGAAAAAAAAACAAAGAGAAUAAAGAACACAUGUGAGGCAAGUAGACUGGAGAGAGGAACAUCACGACUUGUCCUACUUGAUGAACUAAAUUCACUUGAACAUACUUUCAUUAAGAAAGAGCAAAAUGUAUUCAAAACAAAACAUGAUAAAUUAUUUGACUUACUUGCAUACUAUUUUGGACAAAAAAUGAUCCAGUGUUUGAUCAAGAAUGCACACCCUGUUGUUAUUAUGCAAAGAUUUUUAUUAGACAGAAUAGAUGACAUGGACCAGUUUAUCACUAUUGUACCACCUGAAUACCAUCUGAUGUACAUACAGAGAAUGAUUGAUGACUGGUCUAAAGGACAAGUACAGAUUGUGUUUAAUAACAUCAAUAUGAAGAUACCAAACUUCAGACAAAGAUUUCUUUGUUAUUUGAAUACACUUGAUAGAUCAUUCCAGAGACGAUUGGCUCUGACCUGUGAUGUUAAUUGCAAAUAUACUGUGCUAUUUCAGUGUUGUGACAUUGAUGAUAUUUUUUUUAUUCAAUGGUGUAUUAAUCAUGGAGUUGACAUUAAUAAUGGUAAUUAUCAUGGAAUAUCUCCUUUGUAUAUUGCUUGUCACAAUAAUUAUAUAGAUGUUGUUAAACUAUUACUUGACAGAAAGGCAGACAUUAAUAAGUGUAGAGAUUCUGGAGCUUCUCCUUUGUAUAUUGCUUGUUAUAAUAAUCAUGUAGAAGUAGUUAAGAUAUUACUUGACAGAAAGGCAGACAUUAAUAAGUGUAAAGAUUCUGGAGCUUCUCCUUUGUAUAUUGCUUGUUAUCAUAAUCAUGUAGAAGUAGUUAAGAUAUUACUUGACAGAAAGGCAGACAUUAAUAAGUGUAGAGAUUGGAGAGUAUCUCCUUUGUAUAUUGCUUGUCAGAAUAAUCACAUAGAAGUAGUUAAGAUAUUACUUGACAGAAAGGCAGACAUUAAUAAGUGUAGAGAUUCUGGAGCAUCUCCUUUGUUUAUAGCUUGUCAUAAUAAUCAUAUAGCAGUAGUUAAGAUAUUACUUGACAGAAAGGCAGACAUUAAUAAGUGUAGAGAUUCUGGAGUAUCUCCUUUGUAUAUAGCUUGUCAAAAUAAUCAUAUAGAAGUAGUUAAGAUAUUACUUGACAGAAAGGCAGACAUUAAUAAGUGUAAAGAUUCAGGAGCAUCUCCAUUGUAUAUUGCUUGUCAGAAUAAUCAUGUAGAAGUAGUUAAGAUAUUACUUGACAGAAAGGCAGACAUUAAUAAGUGUAAAGAAUCUGGAGCAUCUCCAUUGUAUAUUGCUUGUCAGAAUAAUCUUAUAGAUAUCGUAAGAAUGCUGUUAGAGAAGGGAUCAGAUUAUAAUAAAUGUAACAAUAUUGGAAUCUCACCCAUACAAAUUGCCAGUGAAAAUGGACACAAUGGCGUACUUGCUGUCAUUAAUGAACUUUCAGAGUCCAGGGUAUAUAUUAAAGAAAAUUAAGAGAAUAUCAUCCAUGAAUAGUGAACAAUGUAGGGAAAAGUUUGGCAAUGAAAGAUUUCAGAAAAGAAACCUUGUUUAUGAUGAUAUUGUAAUAAUUUACAAAUGAUUUCUUCAUAUGAAAUGUUUAUUUUUAUUUUUUACCCUAGGAUGGGGUCGAUUACUUUAUUUUUCUUUGUUCCAUCUGCAGUAACAUAAAACUGAUUUAUCAAUGGAUUUUUUGUUUUUGUUUUAGAUUUGUAAUACAUGUAUAGUGAAAUUCACAGCAAACAAACACACACUAGUGUUUUUAAUUUGAGAAUAUAUUCUUUGAUAUGAAGAAAUAUUUGGUACUUGUUAUUAAAAAAUCAAGUUUUUAACAUAUCUGCAAUAUGAGCCAAUAAUUUGGAUUUUUUCCAUACUUGUUUUAAACAAAGACCACCAGACAUUUGUAUGAUAGUCAAGCACCUACCUGAAAUUACCACCAACAUUUUUUUCAUAUUUAUAUACACUGAUAAAUAAGAAAAGACCUUUAAAUGAAACAAAGGGCUGAGUGGUUUAAGUAGUCAACCUUCUGUAUCACCAGGAGGUCAACACCGAGGUUGUGAGUUCGUAUCCCACAUGUGGCAGGUGAGCUGAACUCCAAUCUUAAUUGACGUUUAGGUUUGUUGUUUUUCCUACCGAAGGUCAGAGGUUUUCUCCGGGCACUCAGGCUUCUACCAACAAAAACUGACCGCCACAAAAUUGCACAAUUGUACUGAAAGUGGCAUUAAACACCAAUAAAUAAAUCAAUCAAUAAAUGAAUUUAUUAUAUGCACUUAAUUCCAGCCUAUAUAAGAAUCAUGCAAAGUGUGAUUCAUGGGUGGAAAGCCUGCAAAUAGAAUUUAUUGCUAUCUUAUUUAGGAUAAUGAAUUGUGGUGAAAUUCAUAUAUAGAUUUUAUAUGGACCCUUACAAGGUGAGAUAUAUAUUCUAUAGAAUGCAUUAUAAAACUUAUGUUGAAGGAGAUUACUCCAAUAAUAUCUUAUAGAAUCUUUCGUAAAAUGUUUUUCCAUUAUCUUUCCUUGUAAGGCAGUAAAUGGAAAAUGUUACUCAUUCCUUUCAUAUUCACCUAUAUCUCAACUGAUAGACCAAAAUAAACUUGUGUAGCCUGACAUGAAGUGAUUCACAAAAUUUGGAUUUUGCAUAAUUCUUAUAUGGACGGCUACUUAAAAACUGUGACAACUAAAAAGUGAAAUGAUUCAAUGUGUUAUUUGUAUAUUUAAAGUCGGAUCAACCGAUAUAUUAAUAUAUUCAUCAUGAUUAUCGUAAUAAAUUUACAAUGUAAACAGUAAAAGUCAACAUAGUUCAUUUACAAUCAAUAGAUUUUUAACAUGCCUAUAAAGAUGAUAAAAAAAAAUUAGUAGCUUUAAUUUAAAAGAAGGACGAAAGUUACCAGAGGGACAUUCAAACUCAUAGAUCGAAAACAAACUGACAACGCCAUGGCCAAAAAUAAAAAGACAAACAGACAAAUAAUAGUACAGAUGACACAACAUAGAAAACUAAAGUCUAAGCAACACGAACCCCACCAAAAACUGGGGGUGAUCUCAGGUGCUCCUGAAGGGUAAGCAGAUCCUGCUCCACAUGUGGCACCCGUCGUGUUGCUUAUGUUAUUACAAAUCCGGUAAAUAGUCUAAUUCGGUAGGUCACAUUCGUGAAAAGGGAAGGGUAUUGUAGUUACGACAUAAGGAACAUAUCCGAUAUCAUCUGUGGAACGGUUAUUCCAUAACGGUCAACCAACUCGUGAUGGCGUCCGUAAAAUUUACGAAGGGAUGAUUUCAACUUCACCAUUUGGAACUCUUGGUUUAAUAGCUUCCUUGUGAGCAGCAAUCCUCUAUCAAGGAAAUCAUAAUAGGAAAUACAAGCCCUGGAAUAUCGUAUCAAUUAGGAGAUAUAUACUUCGUAUGCAGGCGCUGCUGGAAUGUUGCUACAUAGAAAUGGAAAGUUCACAAAUGGGAAGCUGAAAUUAUCUCUUUUGUCGUAAAGUUUUGUUUUCAACCGACCCUCAUUGUCAAUUUCUACAUGUAAGUCAAGAUAUGAGGCAGACUUAACUGUAUCUGUAGUAUCCUUUAUCUCUAGUUCGAUGGGAUAGAUUCGUUCAACAUCGUCACCAAAUUUUGUAUUAUUUAGUUAGAGAACAUUAAAUGUUCUGGUUCGUACAAUGUAAAAUCUCAGUGUUUUAUUUUCUUUUUUCCAAAAUACUUUCCACAUGGAGUAGUAAAAACCUUUCAUACUGUAUGAAAACCAGUUGUUAUUGUCAAGCCGAUGACAAUUGGUUAAAUAAAGGAUAUCUAUCAGGAUCAUAUCUUUACUUUGUGUCAUUAUCAUAGCUAUGCCAAUGAAACUGUGUCAUAUAAAUGCAUAAUUUCUGUCAAUAUAAACAAUUGAUGCAAAUAAAUUAAUAUAAAUAUGA